AUGCAGACAUACAAAACACCAGAACUCAACUCCAUAUCUUCGUCCAUAGCUCCGAGCUCUCCCUUCUCUGCAACAUUUCUGCAACAGUCUCUUCCCUCGCACGCCGCCAUCUUUCGAAUAGCCAAUAUCGUAUUAGAUCCUCGCUACUUUGCCUCAUUUCGCCCUUCCCACCGUCAAAUACUCUUGCAGUCUACGAUAACAGACACCCCCAUGUCCACAUGCAGUUGUUCCAACACCACAUCUGAGCUCCAACAUCUUGCGCCGCGCCAGUCCACCACCCCCCAUCUGGCAUAG